CCGAUAUUUAUGCGGAGAGCACGAUCCCGCGAAACACUGCCCGCAUCGUCUGAAAGCAAGUGAACUUGUAUGCGAUCCUCUCUUUACAAGCGACUGCUUUUGAUUAGACCGUGAGAGGAUCCGUCACGCCGAUACAAAACUUUCUUGCCCUUCAUUUUCCUUAGUAACAAUUCCAAAAUGGCAGGAAGGCAAGCACUGGUUGUGCCUGCGCUGAAGAAGCACUCGGCCACAGUGAUCAUGGCACAUGGUUUGGGUGACAGUGGUGCGGGCUGGGUUUCUCUUGCCGAGAGUUGGCGACGACGGGGCAAGUUUGAAGAUGUCAAAUUCGUCUUUCCCAAUGCACCGAACAUCCCUAUCACGGUGAAUAUGGGUAUGAGCAUGCCCGGUUGGUAUGAUAUCACAGAAUUCUCCGACCUGAAUCAGCAGCAAGAUGAGCCAGGCAUCCUCCGCAGCCGAGUUACCUUUAACAAACUCAUCGCCGACGAGAUCGAAGCUGGCAUCCCGUCGAAUCGGAUCAUACUUGGCGGUUUCUCGCAGGGCGGUGCAAUGUCCAUAUUCACAGGUGUCACAACAACGCACAAGCUAGGAGGCGUUUUCGGACUAUCCUGCUACCUGGUAUUGGCGGGCAAGAUCAAAGAGUUUGCAAAAGAGGCCAGUGAUGUGAACAAGGACACACCUUUCUUCAUGGGUCACGGUGAUAGUGACGAAGUGGUCAAGUACAAAUGGGGACAACAGACUGCCGAGUUUCUAAGGAAGGAGUUGGGGCACAAAGUAGAUUUCAAGACAUAUCGAGGACUCCCUCACUCCGCAGAUCCACAAGAGAUUGACGACUUGGAACAAUUUAUCAAGGAAUGUUUACCAGUCAACGAGUCUCUCUGACUAGACGGGCAUCAGGAGGCCAAACCUGAUGAGAGCUGGAUCUCAUCGACGAUUUUAGUGUUGUUGACAGUUCUUGCCAUGGCCGGCUUGGUUAGAUGGCGGCGUCGAGCGCAGAAAGCGAGGAGAUCAUAGACCAUCUGUUUAAAUGCGCAUGAGGGAGAACAGUUCAAGGUCUUGAAACUUAUUGCAUUGGGCAGCAAUUUUUUUCGCCUUCACAUUAUCAUCAUAUCUAAGCAGAACCCUCCUUGCGCUGACCACAGUAGAAACCCAAGCCGUACGAGUUGGUAGUGAAGGUGAUUUUGCUGCCCUUGGGGAAAUAAAAGACGUCACCAGCGAC